AUGAGCGCUCCCGGCCCCCAUCCCGAGCCCGCCGCGCCCGGCCCCGAGCCCGAGCCCGAACCCGCCGCUCCCCAGCCCGCCGCCGGCUCCAGCCUCGGCCCGCUGCUCCGCACGCUGGAGGACCCCGGCGCGCCGCCGGGAGAGCUGACGGACGCGCACCUCACCAUCGUCAGUCGCUUGAGUGGUGAAGGAGGCAAAGCAUUCACUGCAGACUUCAGGAAACACUUCCCUCAACUCUGCAAGGUGUUCAAGGCACACAUUUCCAGUCCAAACUUGGAGCUCAGUAAUGCAGCAUUGCAGGCCUUGGGCUUCUGCACUUUUAAUUCAAACAACACAGCUGAAUUAUCUGGCACUGACGUGCAGGAGCUGCUGGCAGCAGUGAACAGCGUGGCUCUGAAAUGCUCUGACAAGAACACUCGCACUCGGGCACUUUGGGUCAUCUCCAAGCAGGCAUUUCCUCCUGAAAUUGUUAGGAAGGAGGUGUCCAAUAUUCUCUCUACCCUGGAAACAAUCCUGACCAAAGGGGAAGUUCAGUCUGUUGUGGUUGAGUAUGAAGCACUUAAUGUCAUUAUCCGCUUAAUGGAGCAAGCUCCAGCGCAGAUGGGAGAAGAGGCUGUGAGGUGGGCCAAGCUGAUCAUCCCCCUGGUUGUGCACUCAUCUCACAAAGUGCAGUUAAGAGGAGCCACUGCCCUGGAGAUGGGGAUGCCCCUGCUCCUGCAGAGGCAGCAGGAGGUGGCAGCUGUCACCGAGCACCUGAUGACCACAAAAUUAAUUUCCGAACUUCAGAAAUUGUUCUCUUCCAAAAACGAGACCUUCGUGUUAAAGCUGUGGCCCCUGUUUGUCAGAUUGCUUGGAAAGACCCUGCACCGCAGUGGCAGCUUCAUCAACUCCCUGCUGCAGCUGGAGGAGCUGGGCUUCCGCAGCAGCUCCCCUGUGGUGAAGAAAAUUGCCUUCAUUGCGUGGAAGAGCCUCAUUGAUAACUUUGCUCUAAAUCCAGACAUCCUGUGCAGUGCCAAGAGGCUGAAGCUGCUGAUGCAGCCCCUGAGCUCCAUCCAUGUGAGGACAGAGGCUCUGGCCCUGACCAAGCUGGAGGUCUGGUGGUAUUUGCUGAUGAGGCUGGGGCCUCACCUGCCCUCCAACUUUGAGCAGGUUUGUGUCCCUCUAAUCCAAAGCACCCUGAGUGUGGAUCCUGCUGCUGCCUUCCCAGGGACGCCCUCACGGCCAAACAACCCCAGCCUGGGCUCAGCAACCCCUGGGCAGAAACCAGGUACCCCCAGGAUGGCCCUGAGCAGCCCAGCAGGAGCUCAGCUCUUCCCCUCCAUCCAGCUCCUGGCCAUGGAAAUGCUGCUCCACUUCCUCAUGGGGCCGCACGUGGUGGAGUUCGCCAAGCACAACAAACUCGGGCUCAGCUUAGAGCCCCUGCAGCACCCACUGAUCAGUAGCCCUUCUUUCUUUUGCAAGCAUGCCAGCACUCUGAUAAAUGCUGUUCAGGAUGGCUUUGUGGCAAUUGGAAAAGAAGUUCCUGACUGUUUGCUGAAUGUUAUCUGGAAGGACAUCAAUGGAUAUGUAAGAACAGCAAUUGAAGCAGGGAAUAAGAAGGAGAAGGGAGGCUCAGAAAUUCUCACCAUGUUGCUGCAGGCCCUAAAGAACAUUGUGAGCUCCAGAGCUCUGCCUGUGCACAAAGUCCUGUCUCUCAUUGACAUCACUGUCAAGGAGUUGCCCCCCAAAGUUUUGGGCUCCCCAGCUUACCAGGUUGCUGAUAUGGAUCUUUUAAAUGGCACCCCAGCUCUGUUCCUGAUCCAGCUGCCCUUCCAUAACAACCUGCUGGAGAGCUGCGUGACAGACGAGAGGUUCUUUGGGAUCCUGCAGGCCCUGGUGGGGUUUGCCCUGUCCGGGCCCACCUCUGCCCUGGCUUUCAGUGAGUCCGUGCUGGGGGUCAUUGAGCAGAGUGCAGGGCAGGUGGGCAGCAAGGAGCACCUGUGCAGGAUGUGGAGCAUUGUGGUGAACCCUCUCACCGAGUGGAUCAAUCAGAACAAUGAGGUGAACCAGGGGGAUGCCCUGGAGCACAACUUCAGUGCUGUGUACAGUGCUUUGUUGCUGCCAGUAUCCCACAUUUUCCCCACUCAGGGAUUCCCACAGGCCACCCUGAAGUCCUUGCUGCGCUCCUGGUCUGAGCUGUACCGCGCCUUCGCUCGCUGUGCUGCCCUGGUGGCAACAGCAGAAGAAAACCUGUGCUGUGAGGAGCUGUGUGCCAAAAUCCUGGCUGGGCUAGAAGGUGAAACUCCAGUAGUGUUCUCCAUGCUGGAAGGUCUCACCCACCUUGUGUCAGUCAUGGUUGACUGCAUCAACUUUGCCCCCUAUGGCACCAAAUUCCAGCCCAAAAACAGAUCUCCACAGACCCCCACGGACUGGGCCAAGAAGAAGAAGGAGCCCCUUGGCAAGCUGAGCUCUCUGCUGAAGCUGCUGCUGCUGCUGCUGAACUGGUUCCACGAGCUGAGCCGCGGGGAGCAGCAGGCAGAGCCCCUGCUGGCCCCGGGGCUGGCCCUGCUGGCUGCCCUGCACAGCAUCAUCAGCCACAUCUCCCUGCCCUCCCUGCUGGGCACCACCCUGGGCACCUUCUCCCAACCCCUGGCGCUGUUCUACGAGAAAAACAGGCUCCCUGAGGUGCCCAAAGUGUACAGCAACCUGAACAACAAGCUGGAGAAGCUGCUGGCAGAGAUCCUGCAGUGCCUGCAGUGCCACUGCCCGGGCUCGUGCGACUCGGAGCUGCUGCAGCAGCUGAGCCCGGUGCUGUGCGCGGCCUUCCAGCACCGGAGCCGGCAGAUCCGCCAGCAGAGCGCCCAGCUCUGGAACUGCACCUUCGCCAGGGCCUCCUCCCUCACCUACCCCCCGCAGCUCAAGUCUGUGUUAAGCCAAGCCAAAAAGAAAAUCCCUCUGCUGCUGCCUGGUUUUGAGAGCAUUGAGGUGUCUGAGGAGUGCAGUGGCCCCUUCUCUGACCUGAUGGAGAACUCCCAGCUGGAUGCAAAGAUCAGUGGGAUGGAGGUGAAGGUGGGACAGAAACGAGAUUCAAUCUUGGCACAGACGAGUGAAGCCAAAAGUGAUGGCAAGGACAAGCCCAGCAACGUGCAAGCAACACCUGCAAAGUUAAAACUAGAAUUUCCAUCUCCUAAGACAACAAGUGAGACGCUUCUGGAAGAGGAGAAAUCUGUUGAUUUUGUGUUUAUUCCUCCAGAAACAAAACCAAGAAUAUUGACAGAACAUCAGAAGGAAGUGCUUAGGUCAAAGAGAGCUGACAUUCCUGCCAUGUACAACAACCUGGAUGCUUCCCAGGACACCAGCUCAUUCUCCCAGUACAGCCAGAGCCAGGAGGAUUCUCUGGAAAUGCCACCUGCAGUAGAAACUGCCAAAGAAGACCCUGCAAACCAACCUCAGGAGGAGAACGUGGGGAGUGAAGGAUCUCACUCAGAGGAGAGCCCAGCCUGCACCAGCGAGGAGGAGGCCAAAAAUGAGACAGCUGAGGGGAUCCCAGAGGAAACCUCCAUUGGAGAAGAUAUGGAGACAAGCUCUGUGGAAGCAGCUCCUCAGGAGGCCUCAGCAGGGAAGGAGGACACCUCAGAUGUCACCAAGAGCUCAGUGGGGAAGGAGGACACCCCAGAUGUCACCAGCAGCUCAGCAGGGAAGGAGGACACCUCAGGUGUCACCAACAGUUUAGUGGGGAAGGAGGACACCCCAGAUGGGCACCUGGAUGCCAGCAGCUCAGCAGGGAAGGAGGACACUUUAGAUGUCACCAACAGCUCAGUAGGGAAGGAGGACACCUCAGAUGUCACCAGCAGCUCAGCAGGGAAGGAGGACACUUUAGAUGUCACCAACAGCUCAGUGGGGAAGGAGGACACUUUAGAUGUCACCAACAGCUCAGCAGGGAAGGAGGACACCUCAGAUGUCACCAGCAGCUCAGCCUCCAGUGACAUGGUCUCUGGCACGCCCCAGCCCGUGAGCCGGCGCCAGUCGUUCAUCACGCUGGAGAAGUUCGGGGCUGCAGAGAGCAGGCCCUUCAGCCCAGCCCCUCUGGGCGCUGUGUCAGAGCUGCCUGGGAGCCCUCCUGAGGCAGGCACACGGCAGAGCAGCAGUGACAGCAGGGCUGGGGCUAAGGCAGAGAAGUCUGGGGAGGAGGGCAGAAACCCCCCGAAAGCCGAGGCCGCCGCGCCUGCCCGCAGGGUGACGCGCCGGCAGAGCAGGAUGGAGCUGCAGGGCAGCAAACCCAAACUCCAGGGCAGGCCUGAGGAGCCCCCUGAGAGCCUGGAGAGCAGCGCUGAGCUGGGCUCUGCGGGGCAGGACGUGCAGCACAUCCUGCUCAGCCACUCGCAGGUGCUGCUCUCCACCGAGGCUGACAUCCAGAGCGCCCAGGGCGCCAUCGCCGAGAUGGAGCAGGCCCGGGGGCAGGACACGGACUCGAAGGAGAACACCCCCCCAGAGGGCAGCAGCUGCCCCGAGCAGCCCCCAGGGGAGGACAGCCAGGCGCCUCAGGCGUCCCCGCAGCAGAAGCAGCUCAGACGCUCCUCCAGGAGACGCUCGGAGCCCCUGGAGAGCUCCUCGGGCAGCCAGGACAGGGAGGAUGGGCCCCCAAAGAGAGACAGGAGGAAAGAGGAGGAGAAAGCUGGCCAGAAGAAGCUGUCCCAGGGCAAAGGGGAUGGAUCCCAGAAGCAGAAAGGAAUUCCUGGGAAAACCACGGAGAGCACAAAAGAGAGCAGCCAGCCCGAGAGAGCGGCAGAGGAGUGGGGCUCCAAGGACUGCCCUGCUCUCAGGGGGCUGGAGGAGGAGCCUGGCAGGGCUGGCAGGAGGGCAGAGGAGGCCCCCAGGGCAGAGGGGGAAGGCACAGCAGGGCCAAAGGUGGAGCGGCCGCGCUACCACACCAGGAGAUCCUCCCAAGGGCUGCUGGCCAGCAUAGAAAACUCUGAGGCUGACAGCUCUGAGGGCAAGGAGGAGAGCACAAGGAAGAAAAAACCCAUGAAAGUGAGGAGUAGAAGCAAUUCUCUGGAAGGGAAAUUGAAAGAGGGACAGGCAGGCAGCCAGAGCCCUGAGGGACCUGCCCAGGGCAGUGAAACCAAGAGUGCCCUGGAGGCCAGUAAAGGUGAGCCUGAGCUUGGCACAGGGGCUGCAGUGCCAGCUGAGCCUGGUGGCCUGGAAGAGCAGGAAAUCGCUGCAGAGGCUGAGGGCUCUGGCAGCUCUGAGAGUCCAGGAGCUCUGCAGGACACCAGCGUGGAGCCCAACAAGGCUGAGGCAUCCAUGGAGUCUCUGGGCAGCCCCUGUGAGCCUGAGCAGGAUGGGAGGGCAGCAGAGGAGAGGCACAGCAGCACAGGGGACUGUGCCCCAGCUGCACAUACUCCAGGUGCUGAGCCCUCCUCUGUGCAGAGCCCUGAGUGCCACAACAAGAGAAGCAAAAGGGUGAAAAAAAUCAAGAGCUGUGAUUGCUGCUUCAAAAAGCCAAAGCUGCAGGUGCCUGAAUCAAAGCUCUCCGAGUCUAAAAUGGAGAAAGCUGAGCUGGAGGAGCCUGAGGGCACCCAGACCCCAGCCCAGACCCCAGUUCAGAAUGUUUCUGGUCCCUCAGACUUGGAGGAGAGCUUGGCCCUGGCUCCCUGUGGAAUGAGCACUCCACUGCACCCUCCUGAGGAACCCUGCACCUUCAGCCUGGACAGGCAGGAGAUGGAUGUGGAGAACCUGCAGGGAAGCACCGUGGGGGUGGAGGAGCAGAGUCCUGAGGAUCCAGAGGCUUCAGCAGCUGAAACCACCGAGUCCAUGGAGGAAAUACAGGAACCUGCUGAGCAGAAGGAGCAAACAGAGCAGGUUCUGCCUGAGAGUGUUCCUGAGGAGCCCAGGGAGAGCUGCCUGGACUCAGGGGAGCAGGGGGAAGAACCAGCAGCUGCAGAAAAGGAGGAAAUCAAGGAAAAUGGAGAGCUGGAGGAGGUGCCUGAGGAGCUGAGUGUCGACAGCACACCUGAGGAAAAAGAGGUGAAGGAGCUGGAAGGAAAUCAGGAGGAUAAAGGAGAAGCUGAGAACUGUGCUGGGGAAACUCGUGUUGGUGCAGAUCAGGAGAUGAAGGAGGAAUUGGAGGAGAAUGAAAUCAAAGUGCCUGAGAGCGUGGCCGUGGCGGAGCCGAGCGUGGAUUCCCCCCUGAAGGGGGCAGGGGAUGGCCCAGGGCAGGUGGCUGAGAGCCCCACCAGCCUCCAGGCCCGCUGCACGUGGUCCCCCUCAGCCUCCCCCUCCACCAGCAUCCUCAAGAGAGGCGUCAAGAGGAGCCAGGAGGACGAUUCCCUGUCGCCUGCCAACAAGAUCCGCCGAGUCUCUUUUGCAAACCCCAUUUUCCAGGAGGGCCUGGCAGACGACAUCGACAGGAGGAGUCCUGUCAUCAGAUCCCAUUCCUCACCCUCCUCCAGGAGCCUUAAAAUCCUCUCCAACAUGCAGCACAUUACCACUCCAACCAAAGGAUUUCUGUCCCCAGGAUCUCGUACCCUUAAAUUUAAGAGCUCAAAGAAGUGUUUAAUCACAGAGAUGUCCAAGGAGUCCCUGCCGUGCCUCUCGGAGUUUGUGUACCCUGCCUUGGCCGGCUGCAAAGCCCCUGUGGAUGUCAUUUUACCUCAGAUCACAUCCAACAUCUGUGCCAGGGGCCUGGGGCAGCUCAUCCGAGCCAAGAACAUCAAGACCGUGGGAGACCUGAGCACUCUGACAGCCCUGGAGAUCAAAACCCUCCCCAUCCGCUCCCCCAAGGUCUCCAAUGUCAAACGAGCUCUGAGGGGAUACCAUGAGCAGCAGGUGAAGUUUCGGGUGUUGGAGGAAAGCACAGUGCUUGAAGAUACUGAGAAGCCUGGGAAUGAUGUGGAGGAGAAAUCUCUGAGUGGAGAUGAGGAAAAACUUGCAGCAGAUCUGGUGGACGCAGGCAGCACCAGCAGCACCAGCAGCAGUGGCAGUGCCGAGCCGCCCGCCGUGGAUCUGCCGGGGCAGGUGCAGGCUCUGGCAGCCCAGCUGAGCUCCGAGGGGCUCGGGGCCUACUCGGGCCGGCAGCUGCUGGAGAUGCAGGAGCAGCUGCUGGGGAUGGCCGCGAGCAUCGCCCGGAGCCUGCGGGGCCGCUGGCCCUGCCCGCCCCCCGCGGGCACCCCCGAGUAGCCGCAACC